AUGGCUUCCCUCUCUCUUCCUGAGCCUUUCGCCAGCAUCCCCCGAGAGAACUUCCUCUUCGGCCCCUCUCCCAUUCAGGAGCUCCCGCGGAUAUCCGCCGCUCUCGGAGGCAAGGUCAAUGUCUACGCGAAGCGUGAGGACUGCAACUCUGGUCUCGCCUAUGGAGGAAACAAGGUCCGAAAGCUCGAGUACCUCGCCGCUGAGGCCAAGGCCGAGGGCGCCGACACCCUCGUCUCCAUCGGCGGCGUCCAGUCCAACCACACCCGCGCCGUGACCGCCGUCGCUACAAAGCUCGGCCUCAAGGCCGCCACCGUCCAGGAGCACUGGGUCGAGUGGGAGGACCCCGGUUACGAGAAGGUCGGCAACAUUCAGCUCUCCCGCCUCAUGGGCGGCGACGUCCGCCUCGACCCCUCGACCUUUGGCAUCGAGCACAAGACUACCCUCGCCAAGCUCACCGACGAGCUCAAGUCCGCCGGCCGCAAGCCUUACUACAUCCCCGCCGGUGCUUCCGACCAUCCCCUCGGUGGUCUUGGUUUCGCCCGCUGGGCGUUCGAGGUCGAGGCUCAGGAGAAGGAGCUCGGCGUCUUCUUUGAUACCAUCAUUGUGUGCGCCGUGACCGGCUCCACCUUUGCCGGCAUGAUCGCCGGUUUCAAGCUCGCCGAGAAGAACGGCUCCCCCAAGCGCAAGAUCAUCGGCAUCGACGCCUCAGGCAAGGUUCAGCAGACCUUUGACCAAGUCCUGCGCAUCGCCAAGUCCACAGCCUCCAAGAUUGGCCUCUCCGAGGACGACAUCACCGCGGACGACAUCAUCCUCGACCCCAACUACAACGCCAAGAUCUACGGUAUCCCCGACGAGACCACCAUUGCCGCCAUGAAGUUUGGUGCUCAGACCGAGGCUUUCAUCACUGACCCCGUUUACGAGGGUAAGAGCUUGGCUGGUAUGAUUGAUCUGAUCAAGACGGGCAAGAUUGCUGGUGGCAACGUGCUUUACGCCCAUCUUGGAGGACAGCUGGCUCUCAACGCCUACUCGUCUCUGUAG